GCCCCGGGCCGGGGGCGUGGCGACGGGAGGGGGCGCCAUGCGCCAUGUCAUGGAGGCUCAGUGUGCGGGCAGCCAUUGACGGGGUCGGAGUUGCGUGCGGAGCGGGGCGGCGGCGGCAGCGGCAGCUGCCUGCGGCGUUCCCCUCCGUGCUCUCGUCUCCCUCCCGCCGCCGAAACACCCGCAGCGACCUUGCGGUUUCUUGCCCGUCGUGUUCGGCCGCCCUCCCUCGCCAGUGCGGAGCAGCGAGAUGGGGGGGGCGAUGGAGAUGAAGAAGCGUAUCAACCUGGAGUUGAGGAACCGGGCCCCCGAGAAGGUGACGGAGUUGGUGCUUGAUAACUGUCGGUCCAGCAAUGGUGAGAUCGAGGGUCUCAAUGACUCCUUCAAAGAACUGGAGUUUCUCAGCAUGGCCAACGUAGAGCUGACGUCGCUGGCCAAGCUGCCCACCCUGAGUAAGCUCCGAAAGCUGGAACUGAGUGACAACAUCAUUUCAGGAGGCCUGGAGGUCCUUGCAGAGAGGUGUCCGAAUCUCACAUAUCUAAACCUCAGUGGCAACAAAAUCAAAGAUCUUGGCACUGUGGAAGCUCUUCAAAAUCUCAAAAACUUGAAGAGCCUUGACCUGUUCAACUGUGAGAUUACAAACCUGGAGGAUUACAGAGACAGCAUUUUUGAGCUGCUGCAGCAAAUCACCUACCUGGAUGGGUUUGAUCAGGAAGACAACGAGGCGCCGGACUCGGAGGAUGAUGAUGAUGAGGAAGGAGAUGAAGAUGAUGAUGAUGAUGAUGAGGACGAAGCUGGCCCUCCAGGAGAAUAUGAAGAAGAAGAUGAUGAAGAUGAUGGAGGUUCAGAUUUAGGGGAAGGUGAAGAGGAGGAGGAAGUGGGUCUUUCAUACUUGAUGAAAGAAGAGAUUCAGGAUGAAGAUGAUGAUGAUGACUACGUUGAAGAAGGAGGUGAGGAGGAGGAGGAAGCAGAGGGCAUCCGAGGCGAGAAGAGGAAACGAGAUCCCGAAGACGAAGGCGAGGAAGAGGACGAUUAAGCCGUUCUAGACACAAGUAGGACCAGACUCUUCAGUUCCCAGCUCCUCAGUAGUGAUGAUGCAGAUCUGUUUUUUGUCUCCAUGUACCAUAGAUGUCCCUACAGAAGAGAAAUGUUAACUUUUUAUAGGAGAGGUGUGGUUUUACUAUUCUUGCCCCCCCCCUUUUUAUCAUUCCAAAUGAGAUCUAAUAGCCUGGUAGUGAACCUUUACCUAGAAACCAACUUCCAGCCCUGUAAUCACUGAAGCCAUUGUCAAGUUUUUUCUUCCCCCUUUCCUCCUCCUCCUCCUCCUCUAGAUUUUUUUGGUUUGUUUUGUUUGGAGCUCUUUAAUUUCCUACAAGCUUUUGCUGUCUGGGUCACCACCAGCCCAGAGUUUAAAGCUGGGGUUAAGAUUGUGAAGUCUCUUGGAGGUGUGGAAGUUUUGCUACUGAAGCUGAACUCUUGUGGCAAAUUCAACUCUCUUUUUGUUUGCUUUGUUGUUUUAAGAAGAAGUCAACUGAUCUGGAGUGUAGCAGGGAUUCUGUUUGACAGUGGUGAGUGUGUUAAAAGGUGACUUCUGGACUUAGGUUUUGAAGUCUCUUCUCCCAUCCUGUGUGUUCCACCUGAAAGCCCCAAGGGGAUUUGAAAGGGAUUUUGGGGGGUUUGUUUUCUUGGUUUCAGUGUCUCACUUUUUAAGACCCCCCUCAAGAAAUGGCUCUUGGUAUAAACAAAGGGUUGUAAUCCUUAACUUCUCUCCCAAAAGACACAAAUCCCUUGCAGGUAUUAAAACCAAAUCCUUGCUAGUUUUGAAACAGUUUGGGUUUUUUGCUCCAAGUCUUUGUUAAGCCUCCACUUCGCUUCACUUCGCUUCUCAACGUCGUCGUUGCUCUGGGAGCCCUGCAGCAGUCGUGGUGUGGCUGUCGGCUCUCUGCCUCGGGUGACUCCUUCAGGCACGUUCUGGGUUUACAACCAGCUCCACACUGCUACUACUCUUUAUGGGUUCCUUAAGGAAAGCUGAAAACGAGUUAAAAGCUGAAGAUUUAAGUUUGCUCUUUCUCUGCAGGUCACCUGUUUAAAUCAGGUUGCAGGCAAAGCGUUGUGAGUAGAGAGCAGUUUGGGGGAGGUUUUGUCUUGGAUGGCUGCAGAAGUUUGUUGUGUUGCAAACCAGUGCAGGAGUCCUGUGGACAAACUUUGUUCUGUAAGGGUUGGAUCAGCAUAAUUCCACCCCCCUCCCCCUCAAAAAAAAAGAGAAUGUUUUCUGUUUUGAGCCACUGGGGAACAAAUCUGCAGGUUCAGCAUCACUGCUCUUAGUCCCAGUUUGGGGUUUUAAACCUUGCUAUCAAUUCCCAUUCGUUUUCACAGAGGUACUGAACCAAGUACCACACAGGCAGCUUUAUUCAAGAGACUUAUUUUUGUACCUGUCUGGGCUGCCACUGAACUGGGGGAGACACCAAAGGGGUGUGGGAGGAAAAGAGGGAGAUGUCCUGGACCUGAGGAAGAGUCAGGUCGCCCAUGGCUCGCUUAGCUGUGACUAUUGAACAGGUGUUUCAUACUCUGGCAGGCUUUAAAAGUGACUUCCAGCUCAAAGCCAGAUACUGCAGGGUCAAAGUUCUGCAGAGCCCAAUAAUGUCUUUGUCUGUGUGGUGUUUUUCUUCCACUCCCCCUCCUCAAAUAGAGCCUUAAAUGAUAGUUUCUCCUCCCAGCUGUGAAGCGUCGCCAGCCACAAAGGCUCUGGGCUCAGGUGAGGCAGGCAGUAGGCUUGGAAACAAAACUGGCUUCAGUUUGGCUGUUUUGGGGUUUAUGUCUGUUUUUAAACCAAUUUCUCUGUGAAGACACUAGAAAAGUAGAGGUAAAAACUGCACUUGCACCCCCAGGCUGAGCUCCUGUGUUUGGCUACUGAGUGACUUUACAGCCCUUAGGUAAGUGCACAUCUUGUGCUGGAGGCUCUGUGCUCGAGGCAGUUUUGUGCUCAGCUUUGAGGUAGAAAAGUUCAUUUUCCCAACCUCUCUUCUGUGUUUUGGUCUUGGUGAAUGACUGAAACGUUUUAUUUCUGAGGGUCUACUUAAGGCACCUCAUUCCCAGGGCUUUUUCCUUCACUCUUAGGCUGAUAAAUCAGUUUGAAACCCCAAUUUUCAUGAUGAAAACCUGAGUGCUGCUUUUGUUCCACCGAGUCCAGCUUCAGCUCACUGCACAAAGCAAACUCAAAAGAGGUUAACAAGAACUUCCUCCCCCCCCCUUCAAAUGACUAUUUUCCCCCAGCCUCAACCUGCAUCAGCCUCUACACCUAAAAACCUGAGCCUCACACAGCUUCCUGAGUAACUUUUGCCCUUUCCCUCCCUGUUGCCAGCUCAGAGUUCCCUGCCUGGCAGGCAGCUCCACAGCAGAGUCUUUUUUAAACUGGGGAAGCCAACCCAGAGCCUCCAGAGAAACUUUUGGAUCCAGACUUUUUUUGCUUGGUGGGGGAUGAUCUUUUCAUGCAAAAUAAAGAAGUUAAGGGUGGGUUUUAUAUUUUGUAGAGGUUUUUUGUCCUAUUUUAAUGCUCUUUGUAUGGCAGUUCUGUAUAUAGUGUGGUUUGGUUCCCUCUCGACCUCUUUUUCUUCUCUCUCUUUUUUUUUUCCCCCCUAACUGACUUCUUUUUUGUGCAGCUGUGUUUUGAAUAAAGCCAUGACAGUGUUAAAUUAAACCAACAAAACAACCCUGCAGCACUCUUCUGAUGAUUUGGUUUUGGGGUUGUUUGGGAUUGUUUGUUUUUUUUUUUGGGGGGGGGGUUUAGUUGUAACCAAACCUUUUGUUUUCUUGCCCCCACGAUGUGCUGUAAAUUUUCUCAACGUUUUCAAACCGAAUUAUUUCCAAUAAAUUGAGACUUAAUUGUU